AUGGCUUCCACUCCCUACACAAUCCGAUGGGGCAUCCUGGCCACUGGCGGCAUCGCCGAGCACUUUUGCAAGGAUCUCCUCACUGAUCCUGCCGUGCGAGAUGUAACCGACGUACGCCACGAGAUUGUUGCUGUCGCCUCGUCCUCCUCAGCCUCCCGAGCCGGCGACUUUAUCAAGAGGAUUGACGGCCCAUCCUCCGCCGCCCUCUACGGCUCAUACGCUGAGCUCGUCGCCGACCCCAAUGUCGACAUCAUCUACGUCGCUACACCUCACAGCCACCACUUCCAGAAUGCCAUGCUUGCUAUCCAGGCUGGCAAGAAUGUCCUCUGCGAGAAAGCCCUCACCGUGACUGCCUCCCAGACCAAGAAGCUGGUCGAGGCUGCCAAGGCCAAGAACGUCUUCUUCAUGGAGGCUGUCUGGACACGAUACUUCCCCCUCAGCAUCAAGGUGCGAGAGUUGAUUCAGUCGGGCGCCAUUGGCACCGUCUACAGAACCUUUGCCGAUCUCUCGUUCGGAAAAGACAUCGGCAACGGCAAGGUCGACUUCGACGACUCUCACCGAAUGGUAAACCCCGACCUCGCCGGCGGUGCCCUGCUCGAUCUCGGCAUCUACUCCUUGACCUGGGUCUUCCAGUCUCUGUACCACGUCCAGCCCGAGGCCGAAAAGGAGGCCCCCAACGUCGUCGCCGCCAUCAACAAGUAUCACACCGGUGCCGAUGAGACGACAAGUAUCAUCUGCCAGUUCCCCAAGCACAAGACCAUGGGCAUCGCCACCACAAGUCUGCGCGUGGGCACCGACCUCGACGGCAAAUACACUGGCGGUCCCGCCAUCCGCAUUCAGGGCACCAAGGGCGAGAUCCAGGUGACGGGUCCCGCGUACCGGCCGACAGAGUACAAGGUGAUCAAGACAGACGGCAACGGCAAGAUUGAGGUGGUCGACUGCCCGAUUCCCCAGGACCCCAAGCGGGACAACUGGGGACACGGCAUGUUCUGGGAGGCCGACGAGUGUGCCCGAUGCCUGCGCGACGGCAAGAAGGAGAGCCCCUCGAUUCCUUGGUCAGAGAGCAUCGUCAUCAUGGAGACUAUGGAGAGCGCUCUCAAGCAGGGCGGCGUGACAUAUCCCGAGUUGAUCUCCACUGACGUCUUUGACGCCAACAGCCCCCUCAACAAGGGCAGGAGUUAG